UACAGAAUAUUAGACAGGUCCCAUAACUGUAUAACAACCACAUCAGCAGCUAAACUUAGAACCAAGAUGUAAAGGAUGAAUGAUGUAGAUAGUUGGUAGUUACACAUAUGCUAUUACUGGUCUUAUUGGGAAUUAUUUUUGGAAUUUUACAGCUCCUGUGGUUGUAUACUUAAGGCAGUCCUAUAUCAUAAGCUUCUUCUGUCUCAGAAAUUUGUGUACAAAUUCUAUGGUAACAUGAGAUAGUUGUAGCAUUCUAUAACACGGUGAACUGAUUAUCGUACAAGAAAUGCAGAUCGAGAAAAGAAUAGAGAAACUCAAAAAGAGCAAAGCUAAUAAUUCACAAACCAAAGUAAAGGAAGAGGCAGAAAAGUCAGCCCUGGAAAGAAUACAACAAGCACUAAUGGAUGGAAAACCCGCACGAUCAGUGCCUUUAACAGAGUUUGAAAAGGAGUCUAUGCAUCAUCUCUGCUUACUUACGAUGAAGCCUGUGGUUUAUGUGGCAAAUGUUGCAGAGUCUGAUUUAGCUAAACCUGAAAGUAAUCCUCAUGUUGAAAACGUGAUGAAACUUGCUUCUGAGUUACAGUCUGGGUUAGUAGCUAUCUCGGCACCUGUAUUGAGAGUAGCAACACAAAUUACUUUAGGAGUUAAUGUGCAUAUUAUCAUCACACCUGUCAUGUUUUUGGCUAUGAUUAAAACUGAGGAUGCUAAAUGUGUUGCUAGUUGUAUACUAACAAACAACCUUUUUAGUAAUUUUUUACUGAAACCAUAUAUUGUUUGUUCUUGA